UCCAAGGUGAUAUGACGGUUGAACAGUAUGCAAGGAGAUUCAUGGAUCUUGGGCGGUUCGCUCCUCACCUUAUUGCCACCGAAGAGCUGCGGGUCGAGCGCUUUCAGGAGGGUCUGCGCCACGAUAUACGCAGACAAGUGGCGUGUCUUCAGAUUAUGGAAUUCCAGAAGCUGGUGGACUUGGCCAGUAUUGCAGAGCGGGAGAAUAGUUUUGCAGUGGGCUCCCCUCCGGGCCAGAAAAGGCGUAGUUUUGCAGGUGAGGGAAGCAGUUCGGGAUCUCCCCAAAAGAUCAUUCAGAGAGUUGGGGCCCGAUCGCAGACAAUCUCCGGUGCUCGUGCAGGAAGGCCGGACUCCAGUAUGCCCCAGAUGCAAUAGAGCCCAUGAGGGCGAAUGUGGUCAACGGGGAAUUCAGUGUUUUAGAUGUGGCCAGCCGGGUCACUUUGCUCGUGAGUGCCCCAACCAAAUCCAAGGAGGUCAAGGAGCACGAGGAGGUCGACGUUGUGGGAGGAACAACCAGAGACCGCUGGUACAAGCUCGGGUCUAUGCCGUGAUCCCAGGAGAUGUGGACUAUGAGGGCCCAGAGACCCACGAUGCAGGGGUGAUUACUGGUAGAGUUCGUAUAUAUGAUUUUCAUGCAUGUACCCUGUUUGAUUCUGGGGCGUCCCGAUCUUUUGUGUCCACUACGUUUGCACGGAUGUGCAACUUAGUCACGGAACCUUUACCACAAUCCUUGGUGGUGGCCCUUCCCAAUGGGGAGAUGGUGUGUUGCUCCAAAAUUGCGUUAGGCUGUCCUUUGGAUUUUGGAGAGAGGACACUGGAUGCGGAUUUGAUAGUAUUCAAGUUGCUUGGAUUCGACAUAAUUUUGGGUAUGGAUUGGUUGUAUCAGUAUUAUGCAAAUAUUGAUUGUAGAAGUCGGGUAAUCAGUUUUCAACUCUCAGAUGGGGAUUAUUUAGAAUUCGUGGGAAGCAAGUUGAAAGCAAGACUAGCAAUCAUAUCAGCAAUUCAAGCUAAGAAAGAUAUAGCUUGUGGAGCGGAUGCUUUUUGGGUUCAAGUUGUGGCUACGCCAUCCAAGAAGAAGUUUGUAGUAGAUAUUCCAGUUGUGGAUGAAUUUCCUGAUGUGUUCAUGGAGGAGUUACCUGGAUUGCCUCUCGUUCGCGAUAUGGAAUUUGUUAUUGAUUUGGAACCUGGAGCGGCUCCUGUGCAUAAAGCUCCUUAUCGCAUGGCGCCGGCUGAAUUAAAAGAGUUGAAGACUCAGUUGCAAGAAUUGGUCGACAAGGGAUUUAUUCAGCCCUGUACUUCGCCGUGGGGAGCGCCAGUUUUGUUUGUCAAGAAGAAAGAUGGUACUCUCAGAAUGUGUAUAGAUUAUCGGGAGCUUAACAAGGUGACAAUUAAGAACAAGUAUCCUCUACCAAGAAUUGAUGAUUUGUUUGACCAACUUCAGGGAGCGGCUAUCUUUUCAAAGAUUGACUUGAGGUCAGAGUACUAUCAACUGAGGAUAAGGUAUAAGGAUGUGCCCAAGACUGCUUUCAGAACGAGGUAUGGGCAUUUUGAAUUUAAGGUGAUGUCAUUUGGACUAGCUAAUGCCCCGGCCGCUUUUAUGGACUUAAUGAAUCGGGUGUUCUGACCAUUCUUAGA